UUGUGCGCGUACGCACAACAUUUAUUGUCAUUGUAGUCAACACAUACAACAAAAUGACUACAGUAGCUCUGUUAGAUAAGAGUAUAAAAAAUACCUGUUGACUUUUGCAUUCGGAAACAAGGGAUAAUUUGUCCGAAAAAAGGGGCGGGGAGAUGGAACAAUAUGAGUGCCCACUGCCAGUGCUCUGCAUCACUGUCUUCGUAACGAAACAUAAUUUACGCAGACACUAGAUGGCGGCAAAAGCACUCUCUCACAUUCUGUCAAUUACUGGAUGAUCCUCACAAGCAUGGACACUGUCAUCUGCAGGACUGGCGGGGAUUUUUUUUUUCUUUGGAUGAAAGUUAAACGAUGGGAAACUUAAUUUAAAUGAGAGGGCAAUGGCAAAGAAAGGCAAAAUAUGAGAGUUUUCUGGGGAAAAUGGGAGUAUUGACAGAAACAUCCAUCCAUCCAUCUUCUUCAGCUUAUCCAAGGUCGGGUCAUGGGGGCAGCAGCCUAAGCAGGGAAGCCCAGACUUUCCGAUCCCGAGACAUUCCCAGACCAGUUGAGAGACAUAAUAUUUCCAACGUGUACUGGGUCUUCCCCGAUGCCUUCUACCGGUCGGACAUGCCACGAACACCUCCCAAGGGAGGCGUCCAGGCGGCAUCCUGACCAGACCAUCAUCAGGCUCAUGCUCGGUGAGGUGAGGGUAUGGAACGUUGAUUGACUGGUAAAUUCACCGCACCGCACCGGACCGUUGCAGCCUCCGCACCAAUCUGCCAUCAUGUUCCAUUCUUCCCUCACUCAUGAACAAGACCCUGAAGUAUGUAAACUCCUCCACUCAGGGCAGGAAGUCCUUCCUGACUCAUAGACAGCACGUCACCCUUUUCCGGGCGAGAAACGUGUGGACAGGUAUAAAAUAUGUGAAAACAGAAGACUUUAAAAAAAAUAAAAAUAAAUGCACAAAUGGAGGAAAGCCAUGUUUUGAGGUUGAAAGAUCGUUUAUCAGCCGUUCUCCUUACGUCUCUGGACAAAGUCACCAGUAAAUGUGCAAGCAGUCGCUACUUUCUGUUUCGCUUUGGUCAACAAACACGUCAACGUGAGUCGGCCCUUUUGAGGGCAUAAAACGGCUUCCACUGUACAUGCCUCUACACCUCUUUACUCCCACUCUUCUUCUGCAUCCCCUCUGCUGGUGCUGGCAGCGUUUGACCCACUUGCGCUUUGCUUCCUCGUCGUUCAUUCGUCCUCCGAGUUGAACACUUAAAAGUCUGCAAUGACGACACAAAGAGAGAAGAUGUCUUCAACGAUGUCGUGAUGCUGCAAAGAACUCAUGGCAUGCUUUGGCUCUCCGCCACUUGUCAUGAUGGGGUUGAUGUCUUCCUGUCCUUCGCAAACAAAGCACCCCCGCCCCCGACUCCCCACUUAUGAUAAGAAGCAAUGCAGCAAUGGCUUCCCUCGUCUUCCCUUCUACCAUUGUUCAUUUCUCACUUUGACUCAUCUCAGCUUAACGUGCCUUCAUUGGCUUGUGUUUGCAUGCACGUGUGUGAUGCUUUGACUGCUGGGGGGAAUUGAAAAACAAAAAAAAAUAAGAGAGGAGUUCAACCCCUAACAUCAAACACAGUGAGAGGGAAGGGGGGUAUGCCCAGGAUGGGAAGGUGGAGCUGCAUGAAGUGGGUAGGACCUUGGGGGAGGUGAGGCGGGUGAGGGGAUACGGCAUAAGUGUUACUCCAGCAGGACCGGGAGGAGGAGGGGGGCAACCGGGAAUAAACGCUCCUCCAUCCCCAAGCAGCUGGCCAAACACCUUCGGACUCCUCUGUGAGGGACGAAGAGGAGGAGGGAGGAGAGAGAGGGAGAGAGAGAAGGGGGAGGAGGAGGAGGAGGAAGAGGCAGCUUCGUUGCCACGGCGCUGAUUCUUUUCAGUCUUCCACCUUUUUUUUAUUUUUUUCUUCCUCUCUCCUCCAAAACAUUAUCAUCUUCUCUCGUCGCUCCUGCUCGCCUCCUCCGGACUUCUCCUCAUCAUCUUCUCAUCAUCAUCAUCAUCAUCAUCGUCAGGGACUAUAGAAGACGCAUCACUCCGAGAAUGAUGGUGUUGCUCGUGGCGCCGCCCUCCCUAUCACCAUGACGAUGCCCUUCAGCCCCCUGUCCAGCGACGAGGAGCACCAAAGGAUGCUGGGAAACAACCGACAUCUGUAUCCAGGGGCUGAGGACGAGGAAGAGGAGGAAGAAGAAGAGGAGGAGGAAAUGGAGGAAGACGAGCGCGAUGAGGACGGCGAGGAGGAGAACGGCGAGCUGGAGGGGGAGGAGGAAGACGAGGAGGAGGAAAUGGUGGAGGAUGUCCGCCGAGGAGGUCCUUCGCGGGGGGGCAGGAUCGAGGGGCAGAGGCAGUCGGUCAAAGUGGCCGGGCGAACCGCCGGGGACAGACAGGUCCGACCCGGAAACCCGGGACAUGCAGCCAACCCCUACUCGUCCAAUCCUGGCGGCGCACACCAACAGCCGACCAGUCAGCAGCAGCAGCAGCAGCAGCAGAGGAGGCUGAAGGAGCGCACUUCCAGCUCGGUACCGCCUGAGGACGCCCACAUCGCCAUGAUGGUGUUCCGCAUCGGCAUUCCGGACAUCAAACAAACGAAAUGUCUGCGCUUCAACCCGGAUGCCACGGUGUGGAAGGCCAAGCAGCAGGUCUUGUGCUCGCUGACUGAAUCCCUGCGAGACGUCCUCAACUACGGCCUCUUUCAGCCCGCCACCGAUGGCCACGAUGCCAAAUUUCUGGAGGAGGAGAGACUGCUCAAAGAGUACCCCCAGUCCUUUGAGAAAGGAGUGCCAUAUUUGGAGUUUCGAUACAAGACACGAGUGUACAAGCAGACCAACCUGGAUGAGAAGCAACUGGCCAAAUUGCACACAAAGGCCAGCCUGAAGAAAUUCAUGGACUACAUCCAAACCAGCGCUGUGGACAAGAUGAGCAAGUUCAUAGACAAGGGCCUCGAUCCCAACUACCAGGAUGCUGACACCGGUGAGACUCCUCUGUCCCUGGCCGUGCAGUGUGAGCCCGGUGGAGGCGAAGCCAUCCGGGUCCUGGUGGAGGGGGGGGCCCACAUCGACUUCCGUGCCAAAGAUGGACUCACGCCACUCCACAAGGCUGUCCGAGGCCACCGCCAUAUUGCCCUGCUGGUCCUGCUGUCUCUGGGCGCCUCUCCAGACUACAAGGACCGGCGGGGGCUGACGCCGCUGUACCACACUGUGCUGACAGGGGGCGACACCUCCUGCUGUGAAACACUGCUUUACCACCACGCCAAGUUAGGCAUCAGGGACGAGAACGGCUGGGACGAAACACAUCAGGCCUGUCAGAACGGCAACUCGCAGCAUCUGGAGCACCUUCUCUUUUAUGGGGCGGACUCGUCCUCCCAGAAUGCUUCUGGAAACACUGCCUUGCACAUCUGUGCUUUAUAUAACAAGGAAAGCUGUGCACGAAUUCUGCUCUACAGAGGAGCAAGCAAAGAGACAAAGAACAACAGCGGCCAAACACCUUUUCAGGUGGCCGUCAUGUCGGGUCAUUUUGAGCUGGGGGAGAUCAUCAAAAACCACCGGGACACAGAUGUAGUUCCCUUCGUGGAGUCCCCAAAGUACGCCCCCCAGAGGCGGGAGAGCACACGCACCCUGAUGGUGCCCCACCCACACCCUUUCCUGCGAGCCAAUAGUGACAGCAGCAUGAACCUACCAGACUGGAUGGCCAUGCCCAACUCUCUGAGCACCAACAUCGUCUCUGUGCAGGGAUUCAAACAUACAGGAACCAUACGCAGCUCCAGCAGUCCCAGAGGGGCCAGGACACGGUCCCCGUCCCGAGGCAGGAUUGGUGACAAGGAGGACCGCAGCCGGCAGAGUCGGAAACAAGGGCCCGCUCCUGCCGGUGCUGCCACUCAAACAGCAGGCCAGCGGCGACGCCUGUACAGCGCAGUGCCCGGACGCGUCUUUGUGGCCACCAGAUCGCACUCGGCCCAGGGAGAGCGGGAAAUCAGCUUCAACAAGGGCGACCGGGUGAAAGUGUUAAGCGUUGGCGAAGGUGGCUACUGGGAGGGGACGGUCCGCGGACGUACCGGCUGGUUCCCCUCCGACUGCGUGGAGGAAGUGAUGCUUCGAAGUCAGGAGACCCGAUCAGAGAGCCGUGGCGAGCGGGCCAAGCGUUUGUUCCGCCAUUACACUGUGGGGUCCUACGAUAGCUUUGACGCUCCCAGUGACUACAUAAUCAAGGAGAAGACGGUGCUUUUGCAGAAGAAGGACAGCGAGGGUUUCGGCUUUGUGCUGAGAGGAGCCAAAGCUCAGACUCCCAUUGAGGAGUUCACACCCACCCCCGCCUUCCCCGCCCUGCAGUACCUGGAGUCGGUGGACGAGGGGGGCGUGGCCUGGCGAGCCGGUCUCAGGAUGGGGGACUUCCUCAUAGAGGUCAAUGGUCAGAAUGUGGUGAAGGUCGGCCACCGGCAGGUCGUCAACAUGAUCAGGCAGGGCGGCAACAGCCUCAUGGUCAAGGUCGUCAUGGUAACCCGCAACCCCGACAUGGAGGAGGGCGCCCGGAAGAAAAUCCCCCAGCAGAGCAAGAGGCUGAGCACACCCGCCAUCGCCCUGCGAUCCAAGUCCAUGACCUCGGAGCUGGAGGAGAUGGAUGAGGUGCCCACCUGUCAAUCAAAGGAAGCAAUAUUGAGUAACUUCCUAGUCAAACAUGGAAUGCUGAGAGGAGCCAAAGCUGCUACCCCUUGGAAAAAGAAGUCAGAAUUUGAGUCCUCCCAAGUUGCAGAGAAGAAGAGGACAGUCUAUCAGAUGGCUUUAAACAAAUUAGAUGAAAUUCUUGCAGCGGCUCAGCAGACAAUCAGCACCAAUGAGGCCCCAGGGACGCGGGCGCAGGGGCCAAAAAGGGACAGGGGGCGAAGUUUCUACAGCAACGAGCCAAACUUUACGGACCAGACUGGGUUGGGGGUGGCGCCGUCCGGCUUGGGUCUGGGCUAUGAUCGCGGCCAGUACGCCUCCGGUCACGGCCCACAGCACGGUAUGCUGCGGCAGAAGUCCAUCGGGGUGCCCGAGGAGGAGAGGCAGUUCCUGCAUCCUCCAGCCAUGAAGUUUGCUCGCAGUCUGUCAGUGCCUGGGCCAGACGACAUCCCGCCCCCACCAACUACAGCCCCGCCGGACCCUCCCUUCUCCUCUGCCCCUCCCCUCGGUUGGAGAGCCAAGUCAUCUCAGCAGCCCUCUGUGUCCCAAUCCACAGCCACCUCCUCGCACUACCAGCCCUAUUCCCAGGCAGUACACUUCACCCAUCUGGGCCGGGAGAGGACUGGCGGUCCCAGUGCUGCCCCAGGUGGCGGAACAGCAGUGGACCACUCAACUUUCUAUUCCCAUGUGGGCGCCCACACUGCACAAAGCAGGACUGCUACACGGAAGGUUGCAUAUACUGGGGAGCCUGCUGGAGGGGUCAAAGCAGCUGUCCUCAGGAGAGGCUACAGCAGCGCUGUCCCCCCAUCCAGCAUUGCCACGGUCAUGCCGCAGCAACAGACAGGUCAGAGCCAACCACAGCGAGCAGAGCGCAGUGCAGCAGGAGCAGGGGGUCCUAAAGGGGGCGCCCGGAGAGGCAAAGGUCCCCUGGUGAAACAAUCAAAGGUGGAGGACCUGCGCACAGGUCAGGGCACACUGGGGGGCAAAGUGGAGAAAAGCUCCAUCCCAAUCCCCACCAUCAUCGUCAAGGCCCCCUCCACCAGCAGCAGCGGGCGCAGCAGCCAGGGCAGCAGCGUGGAAGCGGACGCGCCUGCAUCAGGGGAGGCGGACGAAGCCAAAACCCCCCAUGGUCCUCCUCCCCCUACUCAAGCUCCACAGCCCCCUGCACCGCCCUCCAUCCCCGCACCCCCGCCUCCAUCAUUGCCUUCCAUGAGAGCCCAGGACGGGCUGGACUUCACCAGCCAGUUUGGAGCGGCUGUUGUUGGCGCAGCUCGCAGAGACCGGGAGCGCUUUCACGAAGCCCGAAGAAAGAGCGCCUCCUUGUUCAUGUCUGCUGAGGAGGACAUGGGUCUCGGAGGAGAGGGAGUUGGAGGACUAACGCGGACUCAUGUAUCACAGCAGCAGCUCAACACGCAAGAAAGUUCUUCCUCUAAGCUGCGACCAUCAAAGUCCAUUGAUGAGGGCAUGUUCUCUGCCGACACCUUCAUCCACCAUACCCGCAGCAUGCCUCCAGCCUUUGGCUUACCCGAGUACUCCUCAUCUGCCCUCGACUAUCAGCCCAAGUCUGUGCCUGCUGACCUGUACACUGCCACAGGAAGGCAGCCACCGUCCUCCUCCACCACCUUCAUUCACCCCCUAACAGGAAAGGCUCUCGACCCCACGUCACCGCUAGGCCUUGCCUUGGCAGCCAGAGAGCGCGCUCUUCGGGAUGACACCAGGUUAAGAAGAGGGGCAGAACACCCCUUCAUUCGCCAGAUGUCCAACGUGGUCUUCCCUUCGUCUUCUGUCACCUCACAGCCAGUGUCGUCCUCUGCCCAGUCCUCCAGCUCCUACUUGGUCACCUCCUCUUCCCUGGCUGCCACCACUCCUUCUGUCGGACGACCACCCUCGCCAAGAAUCCUGAGAGGAGUUGGCGGCGUGUGGGGUGAGGAGGGCGGAAGUGUAGUGGAAAGAGAUCGGGAAGGGGGAGGAACCCGUGAGGGACUAAGAGUUCGCUUCUCGGAGGACAAAACUGUCCACACGCACCACUACCAGUCUCAGCCAUACCAGCCCAGCUACAAGGAGAGGGAGCGGGAGAGAUCAAGGGAGCGGGAGAGGGAGGCCUCCAGGGAACGAGAGAGGGAGAAAGAGAGAGAGAGUUACAUGAGGAGAGCGGAGCAGGUCGCUAAUGAGCAGGCAUCCCAGCAUCCUCGCCGACCCCCAUUUCUCAGGAUGGAAAGUCAGACAGAUGCCUACAUCUUGUCCCGUCCGACUCCCUCUACUACCAGCACUCAACAGGCAGUGAACACUACUGGGAACGCUGGGUCCGGCCUGAUGGUUCUUCCUCCACCUGCCCCGUCUGUGGAUGCAGACGAUGAAUUUGUCUACGCAGAGCCCCUCCCCCCUCCAUUAGAGUUUGCUAACAGCUUUGACAGGGGGGUUUCAGGGUACUCGCAACGUCGGCCUCUCCCCACGGUGAGCUCCACCCAACAGAGGGUCCCACCUCCUCCACCUCCGCCUCCCCCGCCACCCCCUCCCCCUCCACCUGCCCAAAAAGAACUGUUUGGAAGUGUGUUCCCCGCUCACACGCCCCUGCCCUCUCCCCAGGCGGGGGACUCCACAGCCUCCAGCCUCACCUCUUACGACAGUGAGGUAGCUAAUCUGACUCAGUCCGCUCCCUCGCCCUGCCAGACUUCGCCCAACCCCCCUCCUCCUUCCUCACCCUCUACCUUGCACCCCACAUCAACAAGCAGACCCCCGCCUCCGCCUUCAGUGUCACCGCCACCGCCUCCUGGCUCGUAUCACAGACCCUUGUCCGUGUCCCAUCCCCACCACCUGUACAACAGCACGCACGCUCCAGGACGCUCCUCGCCCACUCCUCCCCCGCUCACUGUAACGCCUCCCCCCGCCUAUAGGGGGCCCCCAGCACUUUCUUCCACUGCUGCCACCUCUGCCCCCCUACGGGGCACCGACUCAUUUUCCACGACCACAAGCUGUGCCGCUACAACCACCGCUGCUGCCACCACAACAAGCACCUCCACUCAGCUCUACCAUGAGCGAACGCACACCGCAUACGCCACCCACUCCACCGCCAUCCAAAGCACGCACAGGACAGGGGAGCGCCACCGUCCUCCCCCCACUGCCAAAAAGGGAGAAUCCCAGGAGACUGUGGUGGACUCUGGCAUAGAAGAACUGGACAGCCGCAGCAGUAGCGACCACCACCUGGACAGCAUCUUGGCUAACGUUCGGGGGGACAGGUUAGACCGAGGGGAGAGGGGGGGAGGACGGCUAGCAGGUGGGACAGUGGAAUCGGGGGAACGUGGAGAUUUUCUGGAGUCUUACAUGAGCUACCUGGACGGCCAAACUUUUGAGAUGCAGAAUGCCACAGCAGCAGCCUCCACUUACCCAAAAAGCAGCAGGUUCAGGGAGGGGGGUCGCAGUGGUGAGCUUCACAGACAGACCAGCACUGCCCCUGCAUCCUUCCACUCCCACAGGCGAAGAGGUGAUCAGCAGGAGGAGGAUGUCGAGGAAGGGGGCGCCACAGAAGAUGAAAGUGGGCAGGACGGGUAUGGGGUAAGGGACAUGCAAAAUUUGGGACGUCCCAGCUCACCUUAUUUUGACCGCGCCCGCACACCCGAGAUGAAGCCUCUCUGGACUGAGGGACAGAUGGGCGGUGAGGCCGGGGGACAAUUUGGGGCACUUUUAGAGGGGAAGAAGAUUUACCCUCCUGCAACGAGCAUGAAGCCAAACAUCAUCAACGAGCUGAGCGGCAAACUGCAGCAAAGGACCAAGGACACCUGGAGCAGCCAGAGACCGCUGAGCAGACACAGAUUCUCAGAAGAUUCCGCCUCAGCUCUGAGUCCCCCAUCGGCUCGCUCCCAGUCACCCUCUCCAAUCUCUUUAUCGCAGCCGUCCUUGUGCGCGUCCCCGACCCCCGCCUCCCAGUACCCUAACUGGGGUCGGUCCCCGUCCCCUCAGCCCCAAGCUGCCUCUCAGCCACCACGUUCUCAUUCCCCGCUGUCCCCGACGUCUUACUCCCCUUAUCCCACUUCCCCCAAACACAGACCCGUCUACCGGACCAAAGCGCUGGAAUUCCAGUUCAUCCCCAGUCGCGAGUCCCGCAAAUCAGACUCUCACAUGCUUCAGCGCAGGCGGGCACCCAGUCCUCUCAUCUCCCCAUCAGAGAGGCCCAAAGCGGGGCCGCCACGUCCGUCCUCCCUCCCACUCCUCCCCACGUCACCCCUGUAUAGUGCCAUCUAUGACCUGCGAGGUUCAAUCACCCCUCCUUCACCCGGUAACCCUCUGGGCGAUCCCUACUUCUCACCCUCUCCGCCCCUCUUUGCCCCCUCUGGGGCCCCACCUCCUCCAAACUCCACCUUAGUUGUUUCUCGCUCUCUCUCGCCCACUCAUUUUCUGUCCGGCACCUCCUCCCCGCCCCUGCACCCGCUCCCUCCUCCCACCUGUCUGAGUUACCCCCAUCUACCGCCCCCUUCCCCGACCAAGCCAUUCGCCUCCAAGCCGCUGCCCUACUGGACCAAGUAUGACGUGGCGGACUGGCUCGGGUACCUCAACUUGGGGGAGCACCGCGAGCGCUUUCUGGACAACGAGAUUGAUGGCACCCACCUGCCCUCCCUAACCAAGGACGACUAUCUGGAUUUGGGCGUGAGCCGUGUCGGCCACCGCAUGAACAUAGAACGGGCCCUGAGGUCUGUGAUUGACAGGCUCUCCAGCAGCCCGUUCCCCAUUUCGGUCCUCUCGCCUCGGGACGGACAGUCUGAGGGCAGGAUGGACGAUGGGAGUCGGAGCUGAGGUGGCGAGGGAGCGAGGAAGACGUUGGAUUUAGUGAGGGAAGAAGCUUGAAACUGCUGCUGCCUGAUGAUUCAACCAAGAAGUUGGGAACAAGAUGGAAACAUCACAAGAGGGGAGAAAUAGGGGACAACCUUGCUCGUCCAAACGCACACAAAGUUGACGCCGUGACACCACCGUACAAUGACCAAGCAAACCCCCAAAAAACAAUAAAAAUUCCAACACGAGCUGGAGAAGGUGGCUCCAUGCUGCGGCCAUCUGAGGCUACGUGCACAUCACUGCAGCUUCCAGUCUUCAUGUCCUUACCUCACCGCCGACGGGGCUCUGCCGCCCAGUUCCAGGCCCUGUGAUUCCCCAAACCACCAACACCCCUCCCGACCCAAAGUUGUGGGUCCUGACAUGUCGUCAUUUUUAAUGACAAACAUGCAGACUGGUCACUGUAUCACGUUGUAGCAAAAAUAAGUGCCCAGACCGACAACAUAAAAAUGGUACACACUCUUAACACGCCUGCAUGCACGCACACACACACAACUUUAUGGGACACAUACAGGUAUAUAGAAUAUAUCUAUAUAUAUAUACGUAUAAAUAUUUGGGACUGCUUUCACCUGUUUGUGGGGACACACGUGAAAGGCUUCCUGUAUGGCGAAACCCAUUCAAGACUUCCUGUCUGCACUCAAGGCGAGGGGAGGGGCCAGAGGCGGAAUAAAAACUGCCAUUUCCUGCAAUCUGACCACCGCUCCCCCUCCCAGCCCCUCCCACGAGGUACAGACAAAUCCUGGAGGAAAGCAAAGCAUUUUACUACUCGGAUUGUUCUUACACUUUUUAUCAGAAGCGCUGACGUUGUCGGCAAAGACAUUUUCUUUAUUUGACAUUACCGUCAUCGUCCUUACUGUUAUUCCCACAUUUGACCGUGAAGAUAACGCUGACGUUCUAGAGAAUUCUAUAGAAGUAUUUUUGCAUUGAUUUAUCUACUGGGCUGUUACUUCCAGGUGACGGUAGGAGGUCUCGCAAGCACAUUUGAAGUAUUUUUUUUCCUUCCAUGCUUCAGUCUAAUUUGGACAGGAAAAGAAGCGAGACAAUGCUUAAAGAUGUCUCACCGGCUGGCUUACGUUUGGCUGAAAUGGAGUAAAGGGCUCUCUCAUGACCUCACAGCCACAUUCCACUCGUCAUACCGCUUCAGGAUCAAUCCUCAGUUUGGUGUUCGUGUCACUUUGCUGGUGUGUGAGAGCUCGUGAAAGGAAGGCUGGACUUCAGAAUAACAAUAAGGACAAUGAAGCUAAUGCCUGGCCUAAAUGCGGUUUGAGAUAGAAAAGCUAUGAAGAAUCUCUGUCUUCCAAAAGAAAAGAAAUGAAAACAUGUAUUACAUCUUUAUUAACUCCUUUGCUUUCUAUACAGUUUGAGCCUUCCUCUUGACAGCCGCUUGCCAUUUUCAUCCCGAUUGCCAUUUUUUAGACCAGCAUGUUUAUGCAAAACCGUCCUGCUUCCAUCAGCCGCUUCACACCAGGGGUAGCCCAUCCCUAAAAAACCCCAGGAAAAACAGGUACACUCUACUCGCUCCUGGACCAACUCUAUACUUUGUUCCUGCAAGUACUUUCUUUUAACACUUUGGGGCUCGAUUGCAUAGAAAGCAACUUUUUAAGAGAACUUUAAAAAAAAAAAAAGAAAAAAAGAUGAAGUGUGGAAAGAUAAGUUACUAUAUAUAGAUAUAUACAGUAUGUAUAUGUGAUAUACAUAUAUACAUUCCUAUAAAUAUGAAUUUAAAGUGUUUUAAGAGAUGAAUUGUUAGAAUUAUAAUAAAGACACUCAAGUUUUAAUGUUGCUUUUGGAUUCCUUCAAUGAGACCCAUUUGACAGUAAUUUCCAUGUCAACGUGGUGUAAGACCUGCACAUUUGGUGAUUUGACUGAUACGAAACUGUCCUACACUUUAUAAAAAUGCCCUUGUGCUUUUAAGUCUAUGUAUAAUUAAAAUGCUCUGCUGGAGGUUAUCGAUGGAGCAGUUGGCCCCUCCCACACUUACAAUUGUGGGAUCUGACUUCCCAACAAAAUGUUUUGGCAGUUCUGCAUAUUAGCAGAGUUAUGACCAAUUCUUUAUUCUUCACUGUAUGGUUAGCGUUUGAAGAGUACUUUAGCAUAUUACACUUGCACAAGUAAACAAUGUCUGAAAAUGAGUAGGGAGAAGCAGAAUUUAAUCCUACCCCAAAGUCAGAACUGUUUAAAUACAGGAGUGAAACUGAUAUUGUAUAGGUAUGAAUGCAGGGUAUAGAUUAAAACAAUUUUAUUAUACUUUGUGCACACAACAAGAAACACUCCUUUGUGAUUUCAAAAUUCAAAUUUUAGCCAUCUCUAGAUGCAGACUUGUUUGGAGGUCUCUGCUGAGCGCAUCCAUGUGCCUGACAGGGAAUACCAGUCAACUCCCGUGUCCCAGAAAGUUCCUGUAUUUCAACUGUUUAUAAUAAAAACAAGGAAAUAAAAUGCCAACAUUGACAGGUAUGUGACUGGGUCCAUGACCAGGUACUCACCAACAAGCCAUCCCAGGCCUGGGUCCAAGUCAGUGCUCUAGUAUUACACCCGUGUCUGGUCCGUUAAUGGUACAUCUUUAGGAUCUUCUGAAAUCACUUUGUCCAAUCACCUUGGAACCAACACUUGGAAGUCCAGCACCUAAAAGGGGCAAAAAUCGGUCAGACCUAUGAACCACUCGCCUAAAAAGAGGAGUGAAUAAACUGCACAACUGCAAUGUCACACCUUUAAUCACCUCCAUGUUCCAAUGAGCACUCGGCUGCCACCCAACUCACAUUGCACCAGACCGCAUUGUUCAAGCCACUGGCGGGUGCACACGGUGAUGGCCCCAUGCGGCUCUUCAGUGAAGACCUGCAAAGACAUGCAAAAUGUUAGUAUGCUAUUACGACCCUAAAUGUUGUCAUUUUAGUCUGAUGUCUCCUCAGACACUUUGGCUUGUCAGGCCAAAGAUGCACAGAAUCUCCAUGUAGACUCAGAGCCCAGUGCUGGUCAUCAGGGGAGAGUUUCAUCUCCAAUAAAAAGGUCGUAACCUUAUUUUCAAACUACUCACUAAUGAUUUUUUUUUAAUUCUUAAAUGGACUCAAAUGGUAGCAUUUUAGCACCGAACAGGCCAACCACGUGCGCCGAAGCCAUAUUGAAUCCAUGCACGUACUAAACUUUACGAGACGUCCUGUGAAAAAUGCCCACAUUAACGUUGCCUUGUGGAUUGACUAUCGAAACGGGCAACAGACUGCUAUAAACUUGAUACGUAGCAGCAACGUAGUUGUAUAUUUAAUUCGGUGAGUCUCUUGGUGCAUUUAAGUCUAAUUAGCUCAAUGUUUCCUCUUGAUUUACAGAUGUUGACGCUGUAAAUUGAGCCAACAGCGGUACAUCGCUGUGAAUAAAGGCGACGCUUUUAAAGUAAGUUUUUAGCUUUACAAGCAAAAGAACUCUACAUUAUAACUGGGCUUACCCUCUCCUGCUGAACCUCAUGAGGAAAUGAUCGAUGUGCUUCUGCGGUUGCCUUUUAAAGCACACGACGGCUUCCGGUUAGUGUGUGUAGGCUAUACUGCCAUCGUGUGAUGUGGAGGGUGUACUGCACCGCAAAGAUCCACACAGGAGGUAACGUUUGAUAGCAGCAUGAGACAAAACUCAAGUGAUUUACAAACCUCCAAGACAAAACCA